CUCUCUCUCUCUCUCUCUCCCCUUCUCUCUUCCAGAGUCCUAUGCCUUUCUUGAAUUAGCAAUCUUCAAAUUCUUUUACCAAUUUAUCUAGUUUUCUGCCCCGCCGUUUGUCAGCAUAUCCUACAAGACUGCAAUCUUUUUCUCUCUCUUUCUUCACCAAGCACAAUGCAACGACCUGCCAUCUACCGGCGGUCGACCAGCAGGUCCAGCCGCAUCACCACCUCUGAGGAAUCAUCAUCUUUUUCUCCCAUUUCCAACACAUCACCCUCCCAGAAGUCACCAGCACCAACGGCGCCGUCGCCGACUUCUCUUGCCCACCUCCUCCGCUUCUCCCUCGUCCAAUGCUGCUCCCCGGCCAGCACCGCCACUAUCCCUGCCACCACCCCCUCCUUCUUGGACUCUUCCCCUGACGAUCGCCCCUCCUUCUCCGGCACCAUCGUCACGGGUACCAUCUACGGCCACCGCCGCGGUUACAUACGCCUCUGCCUCCAGCAGGACCGCCUCGCUACCGCCCCUCCUCUCCUCCUGCACCUUGCCAUCCCCACAAAGCUUCUCGCCCAGGAGAUGAGCUCCGGCAUCGUCCGUAUCGCCCUGGAAUGCAACCGCCAACGUGACGGUUCCCGCGACGACUCAGGUGGCGAACCACCUCUACAUGCUGUUCCCAUAUGGACCACGUUCUGCAAUGGCCGGCGGUUUGGCUUUGCCGUGCAGAAGCGGCUGACGGAGAAGGACCGGCUUGUCCUUAACGCCGUGCAGUCGACGUCCGUUGGAGCGGGAGCCAUCCCGUCGGAGGACGGCGAGGUCAUGUAUCUGCGGGCUGGGUUCCGUCGAGUCGUUGGAUCGUCAGACUCCGAAUCUUAUCAUCUCAUCAACCCGGACGAAGCCGGCGGACAGGAGCUCAGCAUCUUCCUGCUGAGAACAGGCUGAGGAUUCGCGGGACUUCUUUGAGGCAACAUGCAAACUAUAGUUCUAUUUAAAUGGUAUGACGAUGGAUGGACAUGAUUGCUGAUCCGGUGGCUCCUCCGAAACCAUCUGGUUGAAUUUUUCUUUGCAAGUCGCUGCU